AUGGAUAUUGUUCAAACAUAUUUCAAUCAGUUGGAUAACUACAUGGCCAAUUUCCGUUGGGAAAGCGGUGUAACUCCAUUAUCAAGCUAUGUAUACCCAUUCUCAACUUCAAUCGCCUAUGUAUUAAUUAUUUUCGGUUUACAAAGAUUUAUGAAGAAUAGAAAAGAGAUGAAUUUAAAAGCAUUCUCAAUUAUUCAUAAUAUUAAUUUAAUUGUUUUAUCAUUUUCAAUGAUGGUUGGUAUUCUUUAUUCAGCCUAUAAACAAGCUCAAGAACAAGGUGCUUUUAGUUUAAUUUGUGAGCAAACUGACCAAGCAGUCCAAGGCCGUGUUGGUUUUUGGAUUUACAUUUUCUAUUUAUCAAAAUACUAUGAAUUAGUUGACACUGUUAUUUUAGCACUCAAAAAACGUACUGUUAUUUUCUUACAUCUUUUCCAUCAUAUGGCUAUGGUUCCAGUCACAUGGCAAUGGUUACACGAACAAUGGUUAGUUGGUUCAUGGUGGUGUACAUUUGUAAACUCAUUCAUUCAUGUUAUUAUGUAUUACUACUACCUCCAAACAACCCUUGGCAACAGCUGUUGGUUCAAAGCUCACAUCACCAAAGCUCAAAUUAUUCAAUUCCUCACCGGUACCGGUAUGGUCACUUAUUGGUUCUUCAUUCGUAGUACCUAUGAUUGCAAAGGUCCACUCUCACCAGCCAUCAUUUCAAACUCUGUAAACACCUUCUUUAUCAUCCUUUUUGCUAAAUUCUAUGUUGAUUCAUACAGAAAAGGAAAAGCAGCCUCAAAAAAGAAGGCCCAAUAA